UGAGGCUUCGCCGUGAGGAGCUUUAGCUAGUUGACUCGUCGGCAAGAGAACCCGGGCUGAAGCAUUCUCCAGAGGAAAUAUCGAAAUGGACGGCAUCAGCGAUGUUGCAGUGGGCGUGAAGAGAGGAUCCGAUGAGCUGAGUAUGUACAACAGUCCCAACUCUGGCAUAAGCAGUAUGAGUGAUGGGACUUCUAAUGGCAGUGAUAGUAAAAAGCUGAGGGUGGAGGAAGCCCCCCCAUCCCGAGUGCUCCAUAUUAGGAAGUUGCCUAAUGAAGCCUCAGAGACUGAAGUCAUUGCUCUUGGCCUGCCCUUUGGGAAGGUCACCAACAUCCUCACCCUGAAGGGAAAGAAUCAAGCGUUCUUGGAAAUGGGCACUGAGGAGGCAGCCAUCACCAUGGUUAACUACUACACCACUGUGACCCCUCAUGUACGCAAUGUCCCUGUUUUCAUCCAGUACUCCAACCACAAAGAGCUCAAGACGGAUGCUGGCAACCAACGGACCCAGGCAGUGUUGCAGGCUGUUUCAGCUGUCCAGUCUGGUGGUUCUCCCAGUUCAGAUGUUCAGGAGGCCCUGGCAGCAGCCUCUAGCCCGGUCCUCCGCAUCAUCAUUGACAACAUGUUCUAUCCCGUCACGUUAGAUGUUCUCCAACAGAUUUUCUCUAAGUUUGGGACAGUCAUGAAGAUAAUUACUUUCACGAAGAACAAUCAGUUCCAGGCCCUGCUUCAAUUCAGUGACCCUGUGAAUGCUCAGCAGGCCAAGCUAGCCCUUGAUGGCCAGAACAUCUACAACUCAUGCUGCACAUUGCGCAUUGAUUUUUCCAAGCUGGUAAACCUUAAUGUGAAGUACAACAAUGACAAGAGUCGUGACUAUACGCGACCCGAGCUCCCAGCGGGAGAUGGUCAACCCAGUCUUGACCCGUCAGUGGCCGCAGCCUUCAGUAAAGAUUCCAACUCCCUGCUCGGUAAGAUCCCAGGAGCUCUGAAUCCCCUCAGCGCUGCGGCGGCUGCUGCUGCUGCUGCUGGGAGGGUAGCUCUUGCCGGUCAGACAGCCGCCAAUGGCGUCCUACUGGUCAGCAACCUAAAUGAGGAGAUGGUUACGCCCCAAAGUCUGUUUACCCUCUUCGGGGUCUUUGGGGAUGUCCAGAGGGUAAAAAUCCUCUACAAUAAGAAGGACAGUGCUCUCAUUCAAAUGGCAGAUGCCAACCAGGCCCAGCGAGCAAUGAGCCACAUGAAUGGCCAGAAGAUGUAUGGGAAGAUCAUCAGAGUGACCCUGUCCAAGCACCAGACGGUGGCCCUGCCCCGUGAUGGCUUGGACGACCAGGGCCUGACCAAGGACUUCACCAACUCCCCACUACACCGCUUCAAGAAACCCGGCUCCAAGAACUUCCAAAAUAUAUUCCCCCCCUCUGCCACUCUCCACCUUUCCAACAUCCCGCAAGAUGUGACCGAAGAAGACCUGCGGCUGUUGUUUUCUAAUGCAGGUGGCACAGUGAAAGCAUUCAAGUUUUUCCAAGACCACAAAAUGGCUCUUCUUCAAAUGUCAACAGUGGAGGAGGCCAUCCAGGCCCUGAUUGACCUCCACAACUACAACAUGGGGGGCAACCAACACCUAAGGGUCUCCUUCUCCAAGUCCACUAUUUAAAAACUAUCCCAUGGCUUUAAUGUAUCCUCACCGGUCAACAAGCAGUUGGACUGUUUCGGGACACUGGGGGACCACAUAUUGACUGGUUAAAUGAUAGGUUGAUUUGAGUGUUUUUUUUUUUGUUUUGUUUUUUUUAUCAUUCCUUGAGAGACUGAAACCUUUUGACUUGUAUUCAGUCAUUUCUUUCUUAUGAAGAAACAUUGUUAUAGCAAUGUGAGUCGUGUAGAUACCAGACCCUCAUUUCUGACCCUCUGUAACUGUUCCUUCAUACUGCUUUUGUAUCACAGGCAAGAUAUUUUUGUCCCGUUCAGUGUCCCCCAAUGUGAGGCAAACAGUAAUGGAUAUUGAGCUUAUUUCAUUCUUUUUUUAGUUUAUAAGAUACUUAUGUGCCUUACUUGACAAUACCAACUUUUUCUACAGCUGAACAUGUUUAAAUACCCAUUCUAUGAUUUUUAAGGCACAUUGGUAUUUAGGUAGUAGUUUUGAUGGUUGAGAAUACGAGCCAUUUUCAUCUGGUCUUUUAGAUCUAACUGCAGUUUCUGAAGCGCUGCCGCUGACAUAUUUUCUUUCAGGGUUUUAGUUAUUUGCAUAUGUUCUUUUGUUUACCAAAAGGAACAAAAUCUGUUCCCCACCAGAGCGAAAUAAAUGCUUUCUGCAUACAACCUGUGAUACAUGGUGUAGCUCUAGUUACAAACUUUCAGACGUUGCAAUUUCCUUCUCCCCCACUUAUCUAUUUUCAUAAUUCAUCCCUCCAAACCCAAGUUUGAUGUGGCUCGUGGCUGAGUGUUUCUACGUGUUGUUAAAACGUUGCUUUAUCUCUAGCUGUUUGGUGUAAAUGAAACUGACAAUGGUUUUCUUAGCAUGUCUAGUUCUGUUAGAAAUUGGAAUAAGAAAGUGUUGCAUGCUUUGAAAUAGGGCUGUCACAAUAUUAGAUUUUCACUACAUGAUGAUCGUGGCCAAAAGAAUUCACGAUAACGAUAUUAUCGUGAUAAUAUAUAGCCAUAAUAAUAAUGGAUUACAUUUACACAGCGCUUUAUCUAGACACCCAGAGCGCUUCACAAUGAAGGAGGGAAACUCACCUCAACCACCACCUGGGUGAUGCACGGCAGCCUUUUGCACCAGAACGCUCACCACACAUCAGCUUGAGGUGGAGAGGGCGAUAUCUAUAGAAAAGUAAAAAAAUAAAUACAAAUAAAUUAUAUAUAUGUAUUUAUAUAUAUAUAUAAUGCUAUUGGUCAAUUCAUCUUUAAUGCAUUUUGUCUAUUUUGGCAAAUGAAUCACUCAAAAUACGAGCGUAGGGAGGUGGAGAGUCUGUAACCAUAACUGUACAAAAACGUACCAAAAGAACAAUUACACUUAGUGGAUAGUGAAAAGGCAACCAGAUGAACUGAUAAACAAAAGAUCCACAAGCCCGAACAUCUGCCAUCCAGGCCAACUGAAACAAACCACCUGCGGGGAGCAGGGCAGACAGUUUGUGUGUGA